AUGGUUCUCCUGACUGCGACAAAUCGCAUGGUAACAGCCCUUGAGGCUGUCCCUGAAUCACAGCGAUCGGAGCUCAAUCUCCCCGCGACAUUACACCUCCACGAACCCAUUACACACGAACAGCUCCUCCGCCUAGCGAAACACCUCCAGAAUGACGCCGCAUAUCAAUCAUCCACAACCACAGCCGACGAACACAGUCGCACAACAGUGCUAAACACAUUACUCCGCGGGACAAAAGUCUACAUACCCCCGCCGCCUAAGAAACCAGAACCAAGCCCCGAAUACCUCGCCUCAAAAGCGCGUCUCCUCGCCGAAGCCGAAAGAGCAGCCUACCAGCGCCUCCUAAACCCAACAUACACUCCGAACCCCGACCACGCCGACCCCCACGCGUCCUCCCCCGACGCAGCGGAAGACACCCUCACACCCAGUCUAGUCUUCAACAUAUUUCUCUCCGUCGUGAUAACGGGGUUCAGCGUGUACUGGGCGCUGACGAAAUUCACUAUGCCUGCCAUAUUAGCGAGGACGCUUACCUCGUGGACGGGGCCGGGCGUGGAGGAAGCUGGGAGGGAAGCAACGGGCGGCGCAUCGGAUGCGGUGCGCGUGCUUAUUUCGUUCUUUGCGGCGUUGUCGGUUGCUGUGGCCGAGGCUUUCUUGUAUGGGGCUUAUCUGGAGAAGGUGUCUAGGGCGCGGGCGAAGGAGAAGAGGGUUAAGGAGCGGAAGACGUUUGUUGGGGUGGUGGAGGGUGAGAAGAAGAAGGCAGACGAGAGUGGGGAUGUGAGUGUUGAUGCGGAGGCGGAUGUGGAUCAGAAGGAGGAGAUUUGGGGGAAGGGGGUAAAUGGGGGAGUGAGAAGGAGAGUUCGAGAGAAGUGGGAGAAGGAGAAAGAUGAUGAGCUAUGA